AGGAUGCGGAUGUUUACCUUACACCGUCUGAUUAGGGUGUUUUUGGACUUUGACCAGGAAAUGUUUCCCCCAUUCUUCUUAUUUUCUGAGAAAUAUUUCGGGAAAUAGCUUGAAUUGAGCGAUCUAACCCAGGACUGCAUCACUGUGAACCAUGGCGUACAACGGAAAGUACAUGCACGGCAUGGGCUGGACCCUUGUGGUGAUGGGAUCUCUCAACAUUAUCCUGGGUAUAGCCGCCGACGCUGCGUUUGGGUCCAUGGGUGCAUACGCAAUCGAACACUACGUCAGUGCUCCCAUUUGGAAUGGCAUUUUUGUUGUCAUAACUGGUAUCUUGGCGAUUAACAGUGGGAAAAAACCAACAAGCAAGGGUCUGAUGGUGGCUGUUAUGGUACUGGGAAUCUUCACAAUCAUUACCGCAAUUGGCUGCUUCGUAAUAGCCUUUGGUGGCGCAGCCUCUGAACGUUAUAUAUGUCCUUAUUAUGAUGACAUCUAUGGCUAUAUAAGGUACCGCUAUGGCUGUGACUCAGCAUCCAUUGCCCUGCAUGUGGUGAACGCUGUGCUGGCUUUUACCGAGGUCGUCAUGGCCUUCGUGGCUGCCAUCAUGCCGUGUUGCGGACUGGCGUGUUGCCGUCUUAGGAACAAUCCCAACGAUGCUCCCGUGGUUGUGUACAACCAGCAGGGACCUAACAUGACACAUGGGCAAGCUGCCUAUGUCAUUAUGCAAACAGGUGUUCCAGGUACAGAAGGUGCCCCGUACACGACUGUCAGUGCAGCUGGGGGCAUACCACAGCAGCAGGUGUUCAUCGCCCAGCAUCAGUACCCUUCAGGUGCUCCCAUGCAAGAGUACUAUGUUGCCCAGGCUCUGCCCCCUUACAUGCAACAGUCCACCAUUGGGACAGCAGCUGCAGCUGGUCAGCCACCUGCAGGGCCACCUGCAGAGACCAAAACCCAGCCACCUGCCUAGAGGCUGGUGU